AUGUCGGAGAAGUGUUUAAUUUGUGAUAAUGUAGUCGAAAUGGACUUGUGUAAAGUCGGAAGUAAAGGGAUAAGUGGGAUAAUAAAGGCAAGCGCGUUAAGAAAAGAUGGGAAAGAAACAUGUUUAAGGAAUAAGAUGAGUGGUGUUGUUCACAAUACUUGCAGAAGACAAUACGUUAGAAGUGACUCAAUAAAAAGGUUUUUGAGAGAACAAGCUCUUUCAGAGCAACCAUCAACAUCACGUGGUGUCUCUUCUUUGCGUUCAGGACAAAGUCAGUUUGAUUUUAAAACAAAGUGUUUUUUUUGCACAGAAGAGCAUGACGAGGAGGCGGAGAGAAAAAAACCUUAUUCUAAGCGUCGAACCAUUAUCAAAGUUCGUACGACUACGUUUCACAAUUCCGUGCUUCUUCGUGGGCAGGAAAGAAACGAUGAGUGGGGUAACGACGUAGUAAGACGUAUCUGCACUGUUGGGGAUCUACAUGCAGUAGAUGCUAUAUAUCACGUGGAUUGUUACAAAAAAUUCACCCUUGCCACUCUACCUUCAAAAAGAAAAGCUGGGCGCCCCAUUGAUGAAGGGAUUUCAGAAGCAAUGAACGAAAUCUACGAUUACAUUGAAAAAAAUGAUAACUGUCAAUUUUCUAUGGACGAUUUGUUGGGACAGAUUACGGGAGAACCACCAACUGUGAAAACCAUCAAAGCCAGAAUGAAGGAAAAAUAUGGGGACCAAAUUGUUUUCAGUACAACUCGCACCAAACAAACAGUCGUCUGCUUUCAUGCAACUGGUGAAAAAAUUUUAAACGACGCGUGGUACACGUCAAGGUGUACUAAUGAACAGGCAGAAAAUGAAAGAAUUGUACGAAAAGCCGCUGAGAUUAUCUUGAAAGAUAUUGAAUCUAUGGCUUACGACAACAGUGCCUAUUUUCCUUUAACUAGCUUCUGCAGGGAGGCUGAAGAAUUGAUACCUCAAACUCUCGCAGUUUUCACAGACUGCCUUGCAAAGAAAAAAAGGUCACAAGAGACUGUGAAAAAAAAAAUGACAACUAUAGCUCAUACACUUAUUGCUGCUAUUCGCCCUAGAUGUUUCAUAUCCCCUAUUUUGUCCAGCAUCGCUCUGCUUAUAUACCGAAAAUAUGGAUCCAAGAAUUUGGUGGACCUUCUGUCGAAGUUGGGAUUGAGUGCCUCUUAUUACGAGGCUCAGCGGCUAGAGCUCUCCACCAUCCACCAUACGGAAGAGCCUAUUCCAAUUGGAACUUUUAUUCAGUUCGUCUUUGACAAUGCUGACUUCAAUGUAUCCACUCUCGAUGGCCGGAAUACCUUCCACAGCAUGGGAGGUAUCAAAUGUAUUACACCGGCCAACACUCUUCAUGCAUCCACAAAUGUCAAAAGGUUGAAUUCUGCUCCUCCCCAGGAAGAAGUGGGCCAGCUGGGAGUUCUGGAGGUGCAUACAUUAGAGGGUAGGGGAACCAACGCAUUACAGCAAAUGAUCAUAGAAGACUUGAGCUUUCUGAAGCCCAUCCCUUCUGACAUAUUCACACCCACUAUUCAAGAUCUCUUGUGGAUGAGUGGUAAGUGGCUCCAGGAGGUGGAACCUACUUUGGAGGUGCCUAACAUUCCAGAAUGGAAAGGUUUUAUGCAAUUGACAAGUAAAUUAAUUAACAAAGAAACAACUUCGGUAACUUUUCUUCCAUUUAUCAAUUCUCCACCAAAUGAGUACAGCACUAUACGCACAGCCUUACAGUAUGCUUUAAAAAAGAGUCAGGAGGUAGGAGUCACCGUUUGUUUCGUAACUUUCGACCAGCCUUUGUAUUUAAAGGCCAGGGAAAUCAGCUUUGGGAGCAUUAUGGUGAGACUUGGUGGGUUUCACUUACUGAUGUCCUUUUUGGGUUGCAUUGGCCACACAAUGGCUGGAUCAGGACUGAAAGAUGUAUUAUGCCAAAUUUUUGCUCCUAAUUCAGUUGACAAGAUGUUAACAGGACAUGCCUACAGCCGAGCCGUUCGAGGACAUUUGCUUGUUCAGCUUGUUUUAGCUCAUAUUAUUCUGGAUGGAGCCAAUGUAUCAGAAGAAGAGAAGAAGGACAUCUCGACUAUGUUGAUCAACAUGGAAGAAUUUACUCCAGAUAAAGUUAAAGAGAAUGCUUCCUUGAUGUCAACUUUGAAAAAAUUUCAGUACCAUCUCGAGACCCUUAAAGAGAAUGGGCCUACCGCUGCUUUGUGGGUGCAGUAUUUCAAUAUGGUUACACUCAUGAAGAAGUACAUUAAUUUUGAGCGUUGUGGUGAUUGGGACGGCCACUUGGCGUGUGUACAACAGAUAAUCCCAUUCUUCCAUGCAAGUGGACACUUCCAAUACGCGAAAUGUGCCCAUAUCUACGUGCAAGACAUGAUGCAACUGAAGAACAGCCAUCCCCAAACGUACAAGGAAUUUGCAGAAAAAGGCUUCUUCACCAUUAAUCGCACAGGCACACCUUGGGCAGGAGUUUGGUCGGAUAUGGUAAUAGAGCAAACUCUCAUGCGCUCCAUGAAAAGUUCAGGUGGCCUGACGCGAGGAAGAGGAAUUACUGAUUCUGUAUUGGCCAAAUGGGUUUGCGGAUCACCGGGAUGCACCGCCAUCUGCACUUCAUUGGAGGAGUUCGCCGAAGUGGUUUUUGCUAGUGGAGAACAGCAUGUCGAUUUCCGGCAGUCACGGCAACAGAGAGAUUCACGAGAUCGAGCUAAGAUUCGGGAAUGGUUUAGUGAACAUCCCCCAUUUCCAAAGUUGAAUUCGCUAAUAUCUCUCUCAACGGGCGUCCUGGGAAAUUCCAAAGUAAACUGCCACCAAGCCCUAGAUAUUGGCACCAAAACGAUGCAAAAUUUCAUUGGCAGAAGAUUCAGUGACAUGAAGCAGUCUAAAAAGAAUGUGGUUUUGUCACUAGCCAGUAUGAGUAGUAGCAUUAAAAUCAAUGGUGAGACAGUUACUGUUAACCCUUUAACUAUUUUCCAAAGAACUGUCAUAGCAAAAAAGAAUGACGAAGAUGUUGCAGACCUUUUGACUUAUGAAUUAACCCCAUUCCCCAUGUCUCUGUUCCACGAGGGUGUGAUGCGAAAAGGGAAGAAGUCAUCCCUCUACGAUGUUUUGCCAGUAGAGAAUAACGCAGCUCUCGAUCUCAACCAAACCACCAAUGUGGUAGAUGGUGGUUUCCUACUACACCGUAUGAAAUGGAAACCGUCCUCCAGCGUUUCUUCGAUUUGCCAUCAGUACAUUACCUACGUACAGAAACAUUACGGUACAAAUUGUAUGGUGGUUUUUGAUGGUUACAGUGAUGUCAACAGCACAAAACGAGCAGAGCAGAAGCGACGAGGUUUGACUAGAACGUCGGUUGACAUUAACUGUAACGAAAAUACGAUCAUCACUGUUCAACAGGAGCAUUUCCUUGCCAAUGAAAACAAUAAAACUAGGCUGAUUCAGUUCCUCACCGAGAAAAUGACAGCAGCAGGGAUUGAAACAACUGUUGCAACAGGAGAUGCUGAUGGUACUAUUGUCAGCUGCGGGUUGGAUAAGGCUGCCGUUCAUCCAACUGUUGUAAUAGUUGGGGAGGAUGUCGACUUGAUAGUCCUCCUCAUGGGAUUGGCUCCACCAAAUAUCAACGUGUUCUUUAUGAAACCAGGACGUGGAAAGGUGGAGACCAAAUUGUUUUCAGUGCGACAACUUCAACAGCUUGAAUUUGCCAAGUCAAUUCUCCUUCUCCACAGCUUCUCUGGAUGCGACACCACCUCCGCAAUCCAUGGAAAGAGCAAAGUGGGAAUUGCUAAGCUGUUCAUGGCUAAACCAGAUCUGACCCAAAACAUCUCAGACAUUUUCAGUGGGCUUUCAACAUCACCUGAAAGUAUUGAACAGGCUGGCGAGAAACUGUUUCUGGCAAUUUACCAAGCGCCUGUCCAGGAACAAAAUCUCAAUAAAUACCGAUACUCAGCUUUUUUGAGAGCAUCGAUGAAGCCGAAAUCAGAUCUGGCCACUCUUCCUCCUACCAGAGGAGCUUCGAAGCAGCACUCAUUGAGAGUGUACUUACAGAUACAACAAUGGCUCGGCAACCCCCUACCACCCACUCAAUGGGGCUGGGCCAGAGGGGACGAUGGCAUCCUAAAGCCGGUGACAACCAAUGAUCCAGUGGCACCUGAGUCCAUUCUCAACACCAUAUUUUGCCGGUGCACGACUGGGUGUGGGGUGCGAUGCGGCUGCCGGAAAGCAGGAAUUGCCUGCUCCAGGGUCUGCGGCGUAUGCUCCGGCUCAUGCACUAACGGAGCCCCCAUCGAAAACACCGUCGACGAUGAUGUUGAUGAUGAUAUUUUAUAUUUAGAAGAUAAUUAG